AUGACUAUACCUAAGACGGUCAAGGAUAUCAAAAGCCUUACAGGGCGUGUCGCAGCCCUGACCAGAUUUAUCUCCAAGGCCACUGACCGUUGUGCCCCAUUCUUCAAGGCACUUAAGGGCAGCAAGAGAAGCAUCACCUGGACUGCUGAAUGUGACACGGCUUUCAGCGAGCUCAAGGAGUAUAUGGGUCGGGCCCCUUUAUUGUCAACCCCUGAGCAAGGAGACAUCCUCGUGAUUUAUCUCUCCAUCUUAGUUUCGGCAGUUAGCUCUGUGCUCAUCCGACCAAGGGAUAACGCGGAGCACCCAAUGCAUUAUGUUAGUAAAGCAUUGCAGGAUGCCGAGGUCUGGUACCCAGACAUUGAAAAACUGGCGUUCGCCCUGGAACCCCAAGCCUCAGCAGCUACCCAGCUCAUAACCGGACCCAAUCUCCCUUCGAGCCAAGACCACACCACCACCAAAGGUACUUUCGACCUGACCCAGCCCCUGUGGACUUUACUUGUGGAUGGCUCUUCUAAUGCCCAAGGGUGUGGGGCCAGCCUCGUUCUCAUCUCCCUAGACAAGGUUGCCCUUGAGUACCCUCUCCGCUUCAAAUUCCAAGCCUCCAACAAUGAGGCCGAAUAUAAAGCACUCUUAGCUGGCCUUCGACUAGCCAAAGAGAUGGACGCCAAACAAAUUCAGAUAUUCAGUGACUCACAGCUCAUUGUCCAUCAAGUCAACCAGGACUUCACGGCCAAGGAUGCCCUUAUGACAACUUACCUCCAGCACACCCGGCACUUGCUUGCAACCUUCCACGCUUAUUCUAUAAACCAGGUGCCACGCUCUGAGAACAGCCAUGCUGAUGCAUUGGCUAGGUUAGCAUCAGCCUUGAAGCAGGGUAUAGGUCGCCACAUCCACAUCGAAUUCUUGGACCAGCCCAGCACACAAGCCCCACUCAUCUGUACCAUUGAUAACAGCCCUACAUGGAUGGACCCCAUCCUUCAAUUUUUGCAGAACCAAACACUACUGGCUAAUUCUGCUGAGGCACGACACGUUCUCUAUCGCUCUGCCCGAUACCUGAUCAUUAACGACUCCUUAUACAAGCAGGGUUUCAGCCUUCCUUACCUCCGAUGUCUGACUCCAGAGGAGGGUCAUUAUGUCCUUCGGGAAAUCCAUGAAGGCAUUUGCGGCAACCACUCGGGCUCACGCUCACUGGCUCAUAAGGCAAUUCUCCAGGGAUACUUCUGGCCUUCACUCCAUACUGAUGCCCAGGCCUUCACCCAGAAAUGCGACAAGUGUCAGAGAUUUGCCAACAUUCCACAACUCCCAGCUGAACCAUUGACAGCCAUGGUCAGUCCUUGGCCAUUUGCCCAAUGGGGACUGGACCUCAUUGGACCAAUGCCUGAGGGCAAGGGCCAAGUCAAAUAUGCAGUUGUAGCCGUAGACUACUUCACCAAAUGGGCUGAAGCCGAAGCCUUAGCCACCAUCACUGCGGCCCGCAUCGAAACCUUUGUGUGGCAAAAUAUCGUAUGUCGCUUCGGCAUCUCCAACUCCAUCAUCACAAACAAUGGCCGGCAAUUUGACAAUGCAAAACUCAAAGAAUUUUGUUCUAACCUCAAGAUCCGUCUUUGA